CCGCUUCUCCGCGAGCGCGCGCACCGAUCAUUGAUUGAUGGCUGCUUCGUGAUCAUGGAGCGCGACGCGAUCCUACUGACACUCUGUCACUGAAUGCGCGAGGACACGGCCGCCCGGCGCUGCACUCCACUCGGACCUCGGACUUCGGCCACCGCUGGAACCUGCAGCUUCGUCGUCGUCAUGUCUUUCCUCCGAGGUGUGUUCAUCGUGUCUGCGAAGCGCACUCCCUUUGGCACCUAUGGGGGUCUCCUGAAGGACCGCAGCGCCACCGACCUGGCGGAGCAUGCUGCCAAAGCCGCGCUUGCCGCAGGAAAUGUGGCUCCCGAGCUGGUCAACAGUGUCAUCGUGGGCAACGUUAUGCAGAGCUCUGCUGAUGCUCCCUACAUUGCCCGCCAUGUGGGCCUGCGGUGUGGGGUGCCCAUUUCUGUCCCAGCUCUCACCGUUAACCGGCUCUGUGGUUCCGGAUUCCAGUCCAUUGUCAAUGGUGCUCAGGAGAUCUGCUUGAAGGAGUCAGAGGUGGUUCUUUGUGGUGGGUCAGAGAGUAUGAGUCAGGCACCAUAUGCUGUACGCAAUAUCCGCUUUGGGACGACGUUUGGGCUGGAUCUUAAGCUGGAGGACACCCUUUGGGCAGGGCUUACAGACUUGCAUGUGAAGACCCCCAUGGGGAUAACAGCUGAGAACCUGGCUGAAAAGUAUGAGAUAACCAGGGAAGAAUGUGAUGCGUAUGCCUGCCAGACUCAGCAGAGGUGGAAGGCGGCACAUGAUGCCGGGUGCUUCAAUGCAGAGAUCGAGCCCGUUGAAGUGAAGACGAAGAAAAGCAAGGUGUCCAUGACCCAAGAUGAACACCCCCGCCCCCAGACCACCCUGGAGCAGAUGGCUAAGCUGCCGCCUGUCUUCAAGAAAGGUGGCACUGUUACAGCUGCCAACGCUUCUGGUGUCUCUGAUGGUGCUGCUGCUGUAGUGAUAGCCAGUGAAGAUGCCCUGAAGCAGCACAAAUUGACUCCACUGGCCAGGAUUGUAGCUUAUCAUGUGUGUGGCUGUGAUCCCAGCAUAAUGGGAAUUGGUCCUGUACCAGCAAUCACUGAAGCCCUUAAAAAAGCAGGCCUCUCUCUAAAGGAUAUGGAUCUCGUGGAGGUGAACGAGGCCUUUGCCCCUCAAUACCUGUCCGUAGCCAAGAGUUUAGGAUUGGACCCUGAGAAGAGCAACGUGAAUGGUGGGGCCAUCGCCUUGGGUCACCCUCUUGGGGCCUCUGGCACACGCAUCACCGCACACCUGGUUCAUGAACUUCGACGCCGCAGUGGGAAGUAUGCUGUUGGGUCUGCCUGUAUAGGCGGAGGUCAGGGAAUCGCUCUAAUCCUGGAAAACACGCAAUGAAGAGACAGACCCUCUCCUUGCUGACUGGAUUGUCAGACAACUGUUUUUCCUUAAAUUGUGAGAACAUCUGACACCAUGUCAUUUAAUUUUUCUUUGCAAUGUUUUCUGUUGAUAAUUUUGAAUUACGAUCUGUGCCUUAAGGAUGUACUGAUUUCAAAAAGGGGGUGAAUUUCAGUUUACAAUAGUCAGUAUGCAGUUGUCCUGUUCUGUGCCUCACUGAACUGUAUACAUUAUAAUUUACACAUCAGUACUUGCUUGGAAACAUGACAAUCAUAACUAGUAUAUUAAAAUUGUAAUGUAGAAUUUU